AUGACGGUUCCACAGUCGCUUCAACCUUUCACCACUACCAAAGUGGUCCAUAAGACCUGGGCAGGCACGUUUUUUUGUAAGCCCCAGGCGAUUUUCCAGCCUAGACUGAAUGAAGAGAUCCAGGAGUUGAUUCGUCAGGCCAACAGACUUGGCAAGACUAUCAUGACGGUGGGUUCGGGGCACUCGCCUUCGGAUUUGACCAUGACUAACGAGUGGUUGUGCAAUUUGGAUAAGUUUGAUAAGGUGCUUAAGGAGGAGGAGUUUUAUGGAACGACUGUGUCAGGAGCUGCUAAGGAAGUCAAGUAUGUGGAUUUGACCGUGGAGGCUGGUAUUCGUAUCUACCAGUUGAACGAGUACUUGAAGGAGCACAAUUUGGCUAUCCAGAACCUUGGCUCUAUCUCUGACCAAUCCAUUGCUGGCCUUAUCUCUACUGGUACGCAUGGCUCAUCUCAGUACCAUGGCCUUGUUUGUCAGCAGGUGGUUUCGAUGGUUGUUGCCAACGGCGAGGGUAAGCUCGUGGAGUGUUCUUCUGUCAAGAACGAGAAACUCUUUAGAGCUGCUCUUUUGUCGCUCGGUAAGAUCGGUAUCAUUACUCAGGUCACUUUGAGAGCUGUUCCUCGUUACACCAUCAAGUCCAAGCGUGAGAUUAUCAAGUUUUCUACUUUGUUGCGUGAAUGGGAUACUAUCUGGUUAGACUCGGAGUUUAUUAGAAUCUGGUGGUUCCCUUACUCGGGCAAUUGUGUUUGCUGGAGAGCUUCCAAGUCUGAAGAUGCAUUGAGUGAUCCUCGUCCUUCGUGGUACGGUACUCUCUUUGGCAGAUUGUUCUAUGAGUCUCUCUUAUGGGUCUCUGUGAACAUCUACCCAAAGCUUACCCCUUGGGUCGAGAAAUUUGUGUUUAGACAACAGUACGGUGAAGUUGAGACUUUGGGUAGCGGAGACAUUGCCGUGCAAAACUCCGUGGAGGGCCUUAACAUGGACUGUUUGUUCUCGCAGUUUGUGAACGAAUGGUCUGCUCCAUUGACUGAAGGUAUUAAUGUUUUAACUGAACUUAACGAUAAGAUUCAAGACGCUGCUAAGAAGGGCGACUUCUUCGUCCAUGCUCCAAUCGAAGUGAGAUGCUCCAACGUCACUUAUUCCGAUAAGUCCUUCAGUGACGAAGACGGCAAGCCAUCUCUCCACCCACCACAGAACUGGUUGGCAAAAAGAGAUGCCGUCAGUGCCGGUCCUGUUCCUGGUAACAACUUGAGACCAUUCUUAGACAACUCGCCAGAGGGUUUGCCAUAUCAGGCUGACCUCAAGAAGAUCACCAACGACCAAUUGACUCUCUUUAUUAACGCUACGAUGUACAGACCUUUUGGAUUCAACGUUCCAACCCAUGCAUGGUAUCAAAUCUUUGAAGAUGCUAUGAGCAGAGCAGGCGGUAAGCCUCAUUGGGCCAAGAACUUCAUUGGUUUGCCUGGCGACCACCACAACGAGGCUGACUUAAAGACUCAAUUGGAUUUCGGAGGUAAGGAAUUCUACUCGAUGCUUGGCUUCGAUCCAGUUAUGCAAAAAUGGUUUGGCCCUAGUUUGGAGGCUUACAACGACGUGAGAAAAGACAUGGACCCUAAGGGUGUUUUCUUGAGUGGAAAAGCCUGGGUCGAGAGAAACGGUAUAUUGAUAGACUAG